UUUUUUCCUCUUUCCUCCAUCUUUCCGUGCCGCCACAAUGGUGCGCAUGAACGUCCUGGCUGAUGCCCUCAAGAGCAUCAGCAAUGCCGAAAAGAGAGGCAAACGCCAGGUCCUUAUUAGGCCGUGCUCCAAAGUCAUCGUAAGGUUUCUAACUGUGAUGAUGAAGCAUGGUUACAUUGGCGAAUUUGAAAUCAUCGACGACCAUAGAGCUGGGAAGAUUGUUGUGAACCUCACAGGCAGGCUAAAUAAAUUUGAUGUGCAACUCAAAGAUCUAGAAAAAUGGCAGAAUAACCUGCUCCCGUCCCGUCAGUUUGGGUUCAUUGUACUUACAACCUCAGCUGGCAUCAUGGACCAUGAAGAAGCAAGAUGAAAACACACAGGAGGGAAAAUCCUUGGAUUCUUUUUCUAGGGAUGUAAUACAUAUGUACAAAUAAAAUGGCUCAGUGGAAAAAAAAAAGAG